AUGGAAAACAGCAGCAAUUUAACAACGACUGCUAACGAUGUUUCUCAACUAGCAAACGGAGAUCUAGACAAUGACGAUACAAAUAAUUCCGCGUCAGCUACAUCGACUGCUAUGGAAGAUGUUUCGAGUAUAAUGCGAAAUCCAUGGGAUCCAUUCCAUUGUGCUGAUUGGGAUAUGCAGCAACCCAGCGCGACUUGUCUUGCACGAAUCAAACGUGACAUAUGGAGUGUAUUCAAAGAUCCACCACCGGGAAUGUUUAUCGCACCUGAUUCCGAAAACAUCACGAAAAUCCAUGCUCUAAUUGUCGGUCCUUUCGAUACACCAUACGAAGGUGGUUUCUUUUAUUUCCUCAUUCGUUGCCCACCUGAUUAUCCUAUUCGUGCACCUCGUUGUCGUCUGAUGACAACUGGAAAUAACACAGUUCGGUUUAAUCCAAAUCUUUAUCGUAAUGGUAAAGUUUGCCUUUCCAUACUUGGAACAUGGAGCGGACCAUCAUGGUCUCCAGCUCAAUGUAUAUCAUCUCUUCUCAUCUCCAUUCAAUCGUUAAUGUCGGAAAAACCAUAUCAUAACGAACCCGGUUUUGAACAUGAGCGUACGUCAGGUGACUCGAAAACAUACAAUGAAAUAAUAAAACAUGAAACGUUACGUGUUGCGGUGUGUGAAAUGCUUGAAAAUGAAGCAUCAUGUCCAAAACAAUUACGUGAAGUGAUGAUCAAACAAUUUUUUGAUUUUUAUGAGUAUUAUGCCGAAGUUUGCACUGAAAAUUGCAAUAAAGACGGACAAAAAAUGAAUGAUCCAUUUGGUGAUCGCCGUGGUCAAUUCGAAUAUGGAUCGAUAUUACAACGAUUAAAAAAGCUAAAAAGCAAAUUUGAAUCAUUGCAAAGCACAAAUAACAAUAGUGCAUCUUCGGGACGUUCAUCCACUUCUUCGAUAUCGAAACAUCAAUCAAUCGAUGCACGUACUCGAGAAAUAAUGAACGAUGCUGCCUCAAUUGAUCCCAAUCCCGUGUCGAACGAUGCGGCAAAUCUUGACGAUAUCUUCGAUGAUGAUGAUAAUCCCGAUUCAUCAAUGGACGACGACGAUGAAGAUGAUAAUGAUGUUCUUGAUGACAAACAAGAAGUUCCUGAUUCCGAUGGACCAAAAACUAAACCAAAUGCAGAACAUUCAGUAGACAAAACCUUGAUGUAA